AUGAAUACCGGGGAUGAAAAGACCGCUGCACUUCAGGUUAUCAAUUUCAGAGCAUCCUUGAAAGCGUUUGAAAAUUUGGUUGAAAAAACAGCAGCCUGCAAAAGAGAUGAGAGAGCAGGCAUAUUUGUCCAAAAAGAAGAGGCGAUUGAUUAUGACAAGUUUUAUGCAGCAGUACAGGACCUCUUUGGUCCAGAAGUGAAGAAUCAAGAUGUGAAAGGCUUUUACAGGAAACUCUGCAGCAACCCUGAUGGUUUCAUAGACUGGUGUGAGAUCUUUGGAUACUUCACCUCUGAAGAAGAUUCUCUUGCUGCCCAACUUGAUGAAGAAAAUUUGAUUUUCCUUGUGUCUAGGAAACAGCGAGUUGUAAUUUCAGGUAGUAGCAGACGAGAUGUAAUCAAGUGCAUCGUCAAGAUUCCUCAACUGGAUUUACUGUUAACAGCGACUCAGAAAGGAUCUAUAGCAGUCUUUAACAGCCAGGAUACCUCCUGGAUUACAGGAUGUGAUUACCUGUCACAGCUGAAACGAAUUGUUGCCACUACAGAAAGGACCAUUAUUGUCUGGGAUUACAAAGCUCAAGGGAGCAGCCAGGAAAACUAUUUCAUCAUAAAGCCUAUGGAUCACUGCCUCCUGUGUGUGUGCGUGGUGUCUUUGCCUGACCAUCUCUGCCGGGAUGACAUCCUCUUGGGGGAUGAUGGUGGUUUUGUGAACAAAUACACAGUAAAUAGCGAUGAUUUUGGACUAAAGCAGGCAAAAUCCAAAAAGAAAUUACAAAAUCACAUCUUAGAUUCAAAGAGCUUUAAAAGUGUUAAAAGGAAGCUACAUAAUGACUGGGUCAUGAAAGUUAGAUAUAUUCCAGCCCUAAACUGCUUUGGAUCCUGCUCCUUAGACAGUGUUCACUCAUUGGUUUUGGAAACCUUGAAGAGACUGGAGGAUAAUAUGCCUGUCAGAGAGUUUUCCAUGCCAAGAGGAGCAAACACUUUUUGCUACUGUGUUAAAGCAAAUGUGAUUGUCACUGGAGGAGAUGACAAAGUCCUCCGACUGUGGCAUCCCAAUAUCAGCACCAAACCCGUGGGGAAACUCGUGGGACACAUGUUCAGCAUCACCGAGAUAGUAACUAAUGAAAAAGAUCAGCAUGUCAUCAGCCUGUCCUCUGCAAAGGUCUUCAGAGUGUGGGAUAUUCAGACUCUGUCACUAUUACAAGUCUUCCACGACAGCCAAGGAGGACCAGGAGACAUGCAGAUUUAUUCUAUGAUAUAUGAUGCCAAUCACGGCAUGCUUAUUACGGGAUCUAGUGUUAUGGACAUGUACCCUUUGACCAGGAUGAUCCAAGAUACAAAGCAGAUUCCUCACACGCAUGAACGAGAAAUCAAUGUCAUGCUUUACAACAAGCAUUUUCACCAAGUACUCACUAUCUGCUCUGAAUCCAUAAUUAAGGUAUGGGAACUUGAGACUGGCCUCCAAAUAUACCAGAUUUUAGACCCUCAUGGCAUGAAUGUUGAACUGACGUCUGCAGCUGUUAAUGAAAGUGGAUUUCUUUUUGCUACAGGAGCAUAUAAUGGAACAGUCAAAAUCUGGGACUUUGGCAGUGGGCAGGAGAUGAAAGUGUUGCCAGAAGGAAAAGACUGGAAGGAGGAAGAGCACUGGAUACAAAGCCUGUUUUUCCUCAAAUCCCAGGAGAAGCACCAGCACGUGGUCCUUGUCUUGGAGCGCAAUGGAACCAUCAAAAUGAUCCAGGGCAAGGAAGAUGAUUUUUACCUCAUGGUGAUAUGGGAGCUGCCGGACAUCAUACCAUUUCUGCAAGAUGGGACUCGCACUGUGCACCUGAGUACGUCUAGUAAAGAGAAGAAUGCGGCUCUUCCUUUCCCACACAUCAAGUUAAUAGUGGAGAGAAAUGUUUCUCUACACACUAAUAAUCCUAUUGCCGGUUUGGAAGUGAACUGCAUUGAUAUAUUACAGAUAGAAGGCUACAAUUUGAUUGUCGCUGGAACCUUAAAUGGUGUGAUCAUCUUGUGGAAUUUUGUAACGGCUACUGUCAAAGAAGUGUUCCGACCUGAAGAGUGCUCCCCUGCAAACUCUGAGUUGGAUCCCAAGCGCUUUAGAAUUAAUGACAUACUGUUCCUCUUCCGUACCCCUGAAUGUAUAAGGAGAUCAAGUCAGGAAUCUGUAUGUUCUUCAUCCCAUUGUGAGUCUAGCAAGGGUCCACAGAGUAGCAAGGGAAGCAAGCAAAGCAUACAUGACAGUGAAGGUAAAGGUGAGCAAACAGAUGUGACCGUGGGAGAGCAACAGCCAGCGGACAAAAAACAUCCAGGAAGUGCCAGUUUACCAGAAGCUCAGCCACCUAUCAUUGUCACUGCUCACGAGGACGGACACCUCCGCUUGUGGAAUAUGGAGGGGAAACUACUGAAAGACAUGCUACCUUUCACAAAACACGCUGCCAUUUCUCUGACCUCGCUGUAUACUGAUUCCUGUACCAGACUACUACUGGCUGGAAAUGUAGAAGGACAUGUUAUCCUUUGCAGUAUAAGUUCUUUCCUGGAUCCACCACAUGAUGAGAAGAAAUUUAAGCAGCUGCUUUCCUGGCGUGCUCAUUCUUUGGAAAUUAUUCAAGUGAUCUACGUAGAAGAGAAACAAGUGGUGCUUACUGCCUCCAUUGACGGCUCAGUAAGGCUCUGGCACGCCCUCAAUGGUCAUUAUUGUGGAUAUUUGGGGCAGCGAAGGUUCUUUGAGUUAUCACAGACAGGCGAUUUCAUUCUGCCUUGUGAUGUUAGUGAAUAUCCCAUAGAAAUAAAAGAAGAAAGCAAGUUCACAGAGAAGCAUCAAAAAUAUGAAUAUCCUCUGGUAUUUGACCGGGAAAGAUGGAAAAACAUGAGCUCCAUGUCUUUACUUUUUAAACGUACACCUCCAAAGGCCUUUGAAGUAGAACAUGAUUUCAAGUUUUUCAAGUCUCUUUCCUCUCCCAAGAUUCGAAGACAUGCCCUGGAAGGUUUUAUGACUGAAAACAGAGAGGCAGGGAUUGUCUUCGGUUCUCUGCCUAUCUACAGGGUGGCAAGCCCCACUACUCUCAAAUUCCUGCCACUCAUCGGUGCAGAGGCACAAAGGGAAUCUGUAGAUGGCAUCCCAGGAAAGAAGAAGGGGGGUCACGUUCAACACGAAAGAGGAGGACGGAGGAAAAGUUUGAAAAAAAAUUUUGUCCCACAAAUAAAUCUGGCUACUUCCUUCUUCCCAUCUGUGCCCAAAUAA